AUGACAACUUUCAAUAAGACUGAAGAAGAAUGGAGAGCUAUAUUGUCUCCCGAGCAAUUCCGGGUUCUACGACAAAAAGGAACUGAACGGCCUGGAACUGGCGAGUAUAACAAGUUCAAUGAAAAAGGCGUGUAUCAUUGUGCCGGAUGUAAUGCACCCCUAUACGAAUCAACCACGAAAUUUGAUAGUGGAUGUGGAUGGCCUGCAUUUUUUGAUGCCAUUCCCGGCGCGAUUGUAAGACAUGAGGAUAAUACGUUAGGUAUGCAACGCAUAGAAAUUUGUUGCGCUAAAUGUGGAGGACACUUAGGUCAUGUAUUCAAAGGUGAAGGUUUCUCUACACCAACUGAUGAAAGACAUUGUGUCAAUAGUAUCAGCUUGCGUUUCAAGCAAUAA